AUGCUUAUCAUAUUGCAAGAGUUGAUGUACCGGACCUACGUUGAAUGCGAAGGAAAGGCCCCCCGCCGCGACCAGAUUCCCAAACCAUGCGAACAUUUCGACCUGAUAGCCGGUACGGGCACCGGCGGACUGAUUGCCUUAAUGCUGGGCCGGCUGCGCAUGGACAUCGAAACCUGCAAAGAGGUGUAUAUCCGGAUGACCCGGCGGGUGUUUGAGACAGACAAGACAAUAGCCGGUAUACCGUACCGGACGACGCUGUUCAAGGCGUCGAAACUGGAGGAUGCGAUAAAGCAGUGUGUGCGGGAUCAUACAGUGGAUGAAGAAGAGGGGAACGACGGGACAACGGCGACGAGUGCAAAUCCCUUUAUGCGGAGUGCGUCAACGGCGACACUGCAGCGACGGUUGAGCCGGUCGAGUGUCAGUACGACGAAUACGUCUGUGCCUACGUCACCGGUGACCAGCCAGACGCUGACGGUGGGCGGGGGCCAGGUAUGGGGGGAUCCAAAUGCGAAGCUCUACGACAACCGGGAGAACCGCACCAAGACCGCUGUAACGGCUGUGUAUAAGGGGACACCAAAGACCGGGACAUCAAUACUCCUACGGUCCUAUGACUCACGGCGAGAACCACCGCCGGAGUUCAACUGCACGAUCUGGCAGGCUGGACGUGCGACUGCUGCCACGGGACUGGCCUUCAAGCCCAUCCAAAUCGGCCAACACAUCUUCCUGGACGAAGGGGCCGGCAAAUACAACCCCAGCCCGCAGAUACUGGACGAAGCCGUAGUAAACGAGUGGCCCGGGCGAGAGGUUGGGGCGUUUAUUAGUAUUGGGACAGGCAAACGGCCGCAGGGCGCGACAUCACCGCCGCACGAGUGGUGGGAGGAUGUCUUCCGGGAUUCGCUAGGCAACUUUGCAGAGGCACGACGACGGCUGAUAGCGAAGAUCGAGGGCUGUGAGGCGACGCACCAGUUUAUGGUGAAGGACCAUCUGGUCAAACGCAACGUGCCCCGAGAGGUGUACUACCGGUUCAACGUCGAGGUUGGCGUGGGCGAGUUUGGGAUGAACGAAUGGAGCCGGCUGGCGGAAAUCAGCACAAACACACGCAUGUACCUGGCGAAGAAUGAGGUGCAACGGAUGAACUACGAUGCCGCUGUGAGGCUGGCUCGAGUCGACCGAAUGCACAAGAGGUUAGAAGGGAGGUCGGGGGUACCGUUGGCAGCAACAAACGAGGCCCUGGAGGAGCGUAAGAACCAGCCGGUGCCCCCAAUCCCACCACUGAAGUAUAGAGAAGAAGCUGUCGACGAGAACGUCUUCGAGCUGCCUGCCGUCGAGCUGCCGGCCGAAGAGCAUCUCCAGCAGAACCGGACUCCAAUCCAGAGCCAGAACCAGAGUCAUCAUCGGCCAGGUACGUCACAGAGCUCGACGGCCAUCAGCUUCAGUUCGUACGACGACAAGUUCGCCGUCCUGCCCGGUAACGAUGACGGACGAGACCUACCAGAGCCUGUCCCUGCGUCUGCCGGCCGCCGCAGCUCAGAGGUGCUCCCUAUCUCGCCAGCGCGACGCAGUCAGGAUAGCCACAGUCAACAUCAGCCCUCGUCGUCCAUCGACUCGACCCGAGCGAGCAGUCUGGACGCUCACUCAGGCCCUGCAGGACCACCGCCGACAGGACCACCACCGCCUUUACCACCCAAGACACCCAUCCCGUAUCCUGUCAGCAGCGAGGACGUCACCAUGGGCGCAGUGUCGAUGCCCUCGUUGCCGCCGCGCAACCCAGACAGGCCAGUCUCUAUCGUGGGCCCGCCGCGGAAGUACAAGCUACCGUACCCAGACGAUGGUCCGCCACCGGUCAACCGCACGCGGAAGCCUACCUACAACUCUAGUUAA